CCACGUCUUCAUUAUGAAGCCGUUACCUGGCUGAGUGAGAGGAGAGCUGACGGUUCGACCCACGGAGAAAAUGACAUCGUUUAAACCGUUCAUUUGGGAGACGCCUAGUUAAAAAAAUGUUUGAUAUUCGACCGGAGAAACAUCAUCAAAUUGAGUUUAACGUCGUUCUCGCAAUUCUUAGUAGGUUGUAGCGUGCUGUGUCGGGGCCAUGGCAUUGAAGGACAAGCUGGAAGCGGUGCUGAACGUGGGGCUGCGUGUCCCCAGCAUCAUGCUGCUGGAGAUACUCUACCGCUGGGAUGUCAGCUCCUUCUUCCAGAAGAUCCAGAGGAGCAGUCUCAACAACAACCCCCUCUUCCAGUACAAGUACCUGGCUCUCUACCUGCACUAUGUAGGUUACAUACUCAGCCUGGUGCUCCUGACUCUGCCUCGUCAACACCUGGUGAAGCUCUACCUGUACGUGCUAACUGCCCUGCUGCUCUUCGCUGGACACCAGGUGUCCAGGGAUUAUGUCCGCAGUGAGCUGGACUCUGGGUACGAGGGACCGCUCUACCUGGAGCCACUGUCCAUGAACCGUUUCUCCACUGCCCUCAUAGCUCAGCUGGUGGUGUGCACCCUGUGCUCCUGCGUCAUGCAGACCAAGAGGAUCUGGCUGUUCUCUGCUCACCUGCUCCCCCUGGUGGCCCGUCUCUGUCUGGUCCCCCUGGAGACCAUCGUGUUCAUCAACCGCUUUGCCAUGAUCUUCACGGGCCUCGAGGUCAUCUACUUCCUGGCCUCCAACCUGCUGGUGCCCUACAACCUGGCCAAGACCGCCUACAGGGAGCUGGUGCAGGUGGUGGAGGUGUACGGGCUGCUGGCUCUGGGGAUGUCCCUGUGGAACCAGCUGGUUCUGCCCGUCCUCUUCAUGUGCUUCUGGUUGGUUCUGUUCGCCCUGCAGAUCUACAGCUACUUCAGUAGCCGGGACCAGCCCACCUCCAGAGAGAGGCUGCUCUUCCUGUUCCUCACCAGUAUUGCAGAGUGCUGCAGCACCCCCUACUCCCUGCUGGGCCUGGUCUUCACUGUUUCCUUCGUGGCCUUGGGCGUCCUCACCCUCUGCAAGUUCUACCUGCAGGGCUACCGAGCCUUCAUGAAUGACAACACCAUGCACCGGGGGAUGACAGAGGGCAUCACGUUACUGAUCCUGGCUGUCCAGACAGGUCUGAUCGAACUGCAGGUCAUCCACCGAGCCUUCCUCUUGAGUAUCAUCCUCUUCAUCGUGGUGGCCUCCAUCCUACAGUCCAUGCUGGAGAUAGCUGACCCCAUUGUACUGGCUCUAGGGGCCUCCCGGGACAAGAGCCUGUGGAAGCACUUCCGGGCCGUGAGUCUCUGCUUGUUCCUGCUGAUCUUCCCAGCCUAUAUGGCCUACAUGAUCUGCCAGUUCUUCCUCAUGGACUUCUGGCUCCUCAUCAUCAUCUCCUCUAGCAUCCUCACCUCACUGCAGGUGCUGGGUACCCUGCUCAUCUACAUCUUGUUCAUGGUGGAGGAGGUACGUAAGGAGCCUGUACAGAACAUGGACGACGUCAUCUACUACGUGAACGGAACCUACCGGCUGCUGGAGUUCCUGGUGGCGCUCGUGGUGGUGGCCUACGGCGUGUCAGAGACUGUGUUCGGGGAGUGGACAGUGAUGGGCUCCACCAUCAUCUUCAUUCACUCCUACUACAACGUCUGGCUGCGCGCCCAGCUGGGCUGGCAGAGCUUCCUGCUGCGCAGAGAAGCCGUCAACCGGAUCAAGAGCCUUCCCACCGCCUCUGACCUGCAGCUGAAGAAGUACAACGACAUCUGCGCCAUCUGCUAUCAGGACAUGAAGUCUGCUGUCAUCACCCCUUGCAGCCACUUCUUCCACGCUGGCUGUCUCAAGAAGUGGCUUUAUGUACAGGAGACCUGCCCCCUCUGUCACAAACAGCUGAAGAGCCAAUCACAGCCUGCCAAUGCCACCGCAGCACCCGCCCAGGACAUUCUACCAGCCAAUCCCAACCCAGCAGAGGCUGGGCAAGGAGAGCCAGUGGCUGUUGAGGGGGACAAAACCGUUACUCAGAACGGUGUUCCUGUUGAAGGGAGCCAAGCCAGCCCCUCUGCUAACCCUAACCUAGAGCUUGAGGGUAAGGCAGAGGAGAAUGCCCUGGGCCCCCAGCAGGCUGACACAGUGGACAGUGUGUAUUUGGAGGGCCAGGUGGCUGGUCUGUCACAGGGCUCGGGGGAGUCAUGUCUCCGGCAUCGCCAGCCCCAGCAGUCUGCCUCUUCACCUACAGCAGCAGCAUCCACAGCAUGUGGAGCUGAACUCUAGUCAGAACGGUCUGCCAGCCCCUGCUGCCUCUGAACCUCACUCCUGCAUACUACCACCUCACACACAGCUAAAGACUAAGUAACCAAGAUGGAGGUUGCUGGUUAACUGUUGGACUGACUUCCUAUUGUCACUAUCCAACACCUCCCCAUUAAUGAACUCAUCUAUUUGUCGGCCUGUUUCUUAGAUUUUGUUUUUAAACUCAUUAACAUUUCAUGGUUAUUAAUCCUAUAGGAUUGUAUGAAAUCUGAUGCAGACUUUAGUAAUGUUUGAUUCUGAGAUGCCAUGCUGAACAUUACAUUUCACUGUUGAGAAAUAUGCAUUGACUUCUCCCACUUGAUGACAAAAUACGUAAGUAAAGUAGCCUUGUGUGAGCCAGAACCACCACAGACCAUAUCACCUCCACUCAUGGCAGCAGAUCUGUCUCUGUAGCAUGAGGCAGGUUGAUGUACGAGUACACACCCUGGACGGGACUCUAGUCCAGGGGUCGGCAACCCUGUGCCUGCGGCCCUCCAGGACCGUCAUGUUGUUGGUUUAACCCACCUGGAAGACCAGGUGUGUUGAAUUUAGUCAAUUACUGAAGUGAUUCGUUAGCUCAGUUGGUGCCUAGUUGGAACAACACACUACAGUACCUGCACACUUCAGAAACAGGGUUGCCUCCCCCCUCCACUAGUCUAUCUGGGGGCCUUACCUCCAAUCUCUCUUUAACACGGAGUCCCAAGUAGAUGCAAAUUGGGUCCCAUUUCUUCAGUCUCUGGUAGGACUGGGCCGGGAUUGAACUCACAACCUAACGAUUUCGGGGUGGAAACUCUAAACACAAGGCCACUGAGUUUAACAACAAAAUGCAGCUUUGAACUUGAGUUGCAUUCUACUGUACAACCAUUAAACAGCAGACAACUCAGCCACAGCAUUUGGUAGUUUCAUUAACGCUCAUUCAACAUCCAAUAUUUUCCAAUUGAGCUGUAUUUCACUGGUCUUGAAUCAAGUGAAUCAAGAAUAUGACCCUCUGUAAGUCACUAACGUUAGCACCCCCCCCCCGGCCUGCCCUGAUUGGGCCUGAUAAUCUGUUACACAACCUGAAUGUUACAGUCCAGGGACAGGGCAGGCUGGUGUGUAGGUGGAAGACACCAAUGCUCCCUGUGUGUGUGUGUGUGUUUCGAUUUAAAUUCAUUCAUACUGAAGAGAACAGACCCAUAUGGCGCUUUAUAUACGUUUAGGCUUGAACGCAGUCACUGUCCGACAGCCAUGGGAACUUUAUUGACAUGAUAUGUAAUGGAGCCAUCUGUCAUUUAUAGCCACGCUCCAAAGUUGUCUUUGUCAGGUACCAAAUAGUUUUGGUAUGUAUGAGAAAAAGCCCUAUAUAAGUGUGUGUUUAUAAACAGGUAUAUUGUAUCUGAAGAGGACUUUUGAUAUGCCUGCCAUUCAGUGUUAAAGCUGAACCUCCCCCAGUAUGACGUGAUCAGAGGCUUGUGUGAACACUUUAGUAACCCUCUCGGUUGAAGUGUGAAGAGAGCUGAUCACCGAUUGAGGGAGUUACCAGCGCUGAAUUGACCUAAAACAGUAUUAUUUGUCACAAUUUUGAGAAUGAAUACAUAGUAUUAUGUAUGAUCAAACUUGUCAAAUGUUCCAUCAAUUAAUUUGUGGCUUUUGGACAUUUUCUUGAGUCUGUAUUGGGAGAAGUGGCUAAGAGUGUACAGUAUUUUACAUACAUCAUGACAUUGACAUUUUGAAGAGGUCUUUUAGCAUUUGAAAUGCAUUCCUAUUUGGAAUGGAAUGGUUUUUUUUGAGAAGCCCUACAAAUUCAUUUUUCUUUUCUUUUUUAAGAAUACAAAGAAUGACAUGCUCUGUGAAUGCUGAUUUCCAGUCAAAUUGUUUUGGUAAGAAAUUUGCCUGGUGUUGCCUUUUUUUAUUUUACAAAACUGCUGAAUGUCAAAUUCUACAAUCCUAAUUUUAACCUGCAUAUUC